AUGCGGGCGGCGCUGCAGCGGCUUGUCGCUGUGUCAUGGCGGCCGCGUGUGUCACGGCUGGCCCCGCGGCAGCGCUGCGCCGCCACCGGCCCGGCCCCGGCCCCGCGGUGCUGGAGCUGCGGCAGCGCCCUCCCUGCUGCCGAGGGGCCGCCGCUCUUCUGCCCCGGGUGCCGCGCCCUGCAGCCGCCGGGGCCGCACCCCGACCUCUUCCGCCUGAUGGCUUGUGACCGCUCCUUCCGCGUCGACGCGCAACAGCUGCAGCGGCGGUUCCGGAGCCUGCAGCGCACCGUUCACCCUGAUCGCUUCGGCCGGAGGCCGCCGGAGGAACAGUACUACUCUGAGCAACACUCGUCCUUGAUUAACAAGGCAUAUCAAACUCUCCUGAACCCUCUGAGCCGCGGCAUCUAUCUGCUGGAGCUGCAUGGAAUGGAGCCAGCACAGGAGACAGACUGUGAUGCAGAUUCCGUGUUUCUCAUGGAAAUCAUGGACAUUAAUGAGAAAUUAGCAGAGUCUAAAAAUGACGGUAUCCUUGAAGAAAUUGACACUUUGAUUAAAGUUAAACAAGAAGAACUGACCAGAGAGGUGGCUGAAGCUUUUGAAAGAGAUGACUUUCAGGAAGCAAAGAAGCUUUUAGCCAAAAUGAAGUACUUUGCAAACUUAAAGGAUAAACUAAAGAACAAGAAGAUUCCUUCCUGAUGCUGCUUCCUUUACUGUUAUUUUCAAUUAAAAGCUAAUUUAAUUACCAAGUGAGAAAAUAGUGUUUGCUUCCUGACUUUUCACUAAAACCUUUCCCUUUGGAGAAGAGAGAUAAACAUAAGAGAAAUCCAUCACUUACUGAGUAACAGAUGGUGACAGCCAGGAAAAGCUGUAAUAAGUAGGUAGGACCAGUGUACCAGCAGUCACAGGUACAGAUAUGAGCAUCACAAAGCACACAAACACUGGAUGUCAUUAGGAUUUCUUAUAUUUUGACUAAUAAAAUAUGAGUGAUUUCUUUUGAGAAAGAGCCCUGUAGAAACUGGUGGAGAUGAAGCAGACAGCUUGUUCAACAGGUCCUUUGAGCUCCAUGUCCUCCUUGGGUCUGUUCUAUCAGACCAUCUUCAAGGAUCUGUGAAGGUGAACAGUAUUUAGCUGCUGUCCUCUCUGCUUCCUAGUGCUUUUUGUGAUGGUGAUCUUAGUCUGACAGGAACUGACCUUCAAAACUAGAAGCUUCACCCUGUUGCUCACUUUAAAAUGUUAAGAUGAUAGUUAAGGCAAAAAAUAAACUCCAGAGUCUGCUUUA